AAUACGCCCACUCCCCGUCUGUCGUCACUUGCAUUGAAACAUUUGUUCAUUUUUAUCAGUGGUGCGUCUUGCUUGGUGCUUUUGUACAACGAAUGUCUUUGUAUUAUUUUUUUGGAGUGCUACAUAAUUGAAUUGUCUCCGAUGUGACUUUUCAAUGAACAUUUGUAGAGCCGUUGUGAAAUUGUCGUGGAUCGACUUGCAAAAUGGGACAAAGGAGACCUCAUCACUGGCUGGAGCCGCGUUUAAAAAUCCUUUUCAUUGCUUUCUCGCUGGUUUUUGGGAGGACGGCCUGGGCGCAAAUUCGCUACUCGAUCUCUGAAGAGCAGAAGGAUGGAGCUGUUGUAGGAAAUAUUGCGAAGGAUUUGGGUAUUGAUUACAGAACCUUAAAUGAUCGAAGAUGUCGUAUCGUCUCGACCUCAGGCGAGCCAUUGUUCAGUGUGAAUCAAAAUGACGGUAUGUUGUAUGUGAACGGUAAAAUAGACAGAGAGGCGGUGUGCGAGAGAAUCAACCCGUGUUUAAUCAAUCUGAAAAUCGCGUUAGAAAAUCCACUAGAAAUUCAUUACGUGACUGUUGAUAUUAUUGACGUGAAUGACCACGCUCCGAGAUUCCCAGAACAGGAAAAGCGCUUAGAAAUAAGUGAAACUGUCCUUCCUGGUGCGCGUUUCCAAAUUAAGGCAGCGCGUGAUCCAGAUAGUGGCAGUAAUUCAGUUCAAGUUUAUAAACUCAGCCACACUGAUUUUUUUCGUAUUGAAAUAAUAGAUCGAGAUGAAGAUGGCAAAGUUCCCGUACUGAUAUUGCAAAAGCCGCUCGACCGAGAGGUCACUAAAAGAAUACGAUUACAUUUAACUGCUUUAGAUGGAGGCAAACCGCCAAAGUCUGGAACAAUAGACAUAACGAUAGAUGUGUUAGAUAUCAAUGAUAAUGCUCCUGUGUUUACUAAAGAAACUUACAGUGUAGUGCUAAAUGAAAACACGCCUGUAGGCACAACAAUUUUAAGGGUAAAUGCAACCGAUUCCGACGAAGGUCAAAAUGGAGAAGUUAUUUAUGCAUUAGGACAUGACGUCAAUUACAAUUUGCGUAAACUUUUUGAUGUUAACCCAACCACAGGAGAAAUUAUUGUAACUGGUCUUUUGGAUUUUGAAAUCAAAGAUAAAUAUCAGAUUGACAUUCAAGCCUCUGAUAAAGGAAUUGUUCCUUUAACAACAGAUAAAAUAAUUACUAUAAAAAUAGCAGAUGUAAAUGACAAUCCUCCUCAGAUCGAAGUGACGUCAUUUUCAGAAUCUGUUCCCGAGGACUCCAAACCUGGCACAACAGUGGCUUUAAUAAGUGUAUCAGAUUUAGAUUCUGAAGUAAAUGGAAGAGUCUCAUGUUCAAUACCCGAUGACGUACCUUUUAAAUUAAUGUCUUCAUCACAAGAUAAUACAUAUUCCUUAGUUACAACAUCAGCUCUUGACAGAGAGACAAUAUCUCACUAUGAAGUUAUGUUGGUAGCCAAAGACGCUGGACAGCCACCUCUGUCUUCUGUUAAAACUAUAACUGUGCAGGUGUCAGAUGUAAAUGACAACAGUCCAGAGUUCAGCUCUUCCCCUUAUGCGUUUUAUGUGAUGGAAAAUAAUGUGCCAGGCAAAUCUUUAUUUUCUGUGUCUGCUUUUGAUAAAGAUGCCAGUGAAAGUGGCAUUGUUAACUAUCAGAUAUGGAGAGAUGGCGGUGUAGAAAACAAAUACACAUCUUUUAUUAACAUUAACUCAGAAAAUGGAGAGAUUUAUGCACUGAAGAGUUUUGACUUUGAAACUGUAAAGACAUUCCAGUUCCACGUGCUCGCUACAGACUCUGGAUCUCCGUCUCUGAGCAGUAAUGUGACAGUAAACGUGUUUAUUCUGGAUCAGAACGACAAUGUUCCAGUGAUCUUAUAUCCAGUGAGCGCUAACGGUUCUGCUGAGGGUGUAGAGGAGAUUCCCCGAAAUGUGAACGCAGGUCAUUUGGUGACUAAAGUCAGAGCCUAUGAUGCAGAUAUAGGAUACAACGGCUGGUUGUUAUUUUCACUGCAGGAAGUUAGUGAUCACAGUCUGUUUGGUUUGGACCGCUAUACAGGACAGAUAAGGACCCUUCGCUCAUUCACAGAAACAGACGAGGCCCAGCAUAAACUGGUCAUGCUGGUGAAAGACAAUGGCAACGUUUCUCUCUCAGCAACAGCGACUGUGAUUGUGAAAGUUGUGGAGCCUAAAGAGGCUUUUGCAGCUUCUGAUGUUACAAACGCAGUGAAAGACGAUGAAGAAAACAACGUGACAUUUUAUUUGAUCAUCACAUUGGGCUCUGUGUCAGUGCUUUUUAUCAUCAGUAUCAUCGUGUUGAUUGCAAUGCAGUGCUCUAAAUCUUCAGACUAUUCGUCCAAGUAUUUACAAGAUACGAAUUAUGAUGGGACUUUGUGUCACAGCAUUCAGUACAGAUCUGGAGACAAACGGUACAUGCUAGUUGGACCCAGAAUGAGUGUCGGUUCUACUCUAGCACCUGGCAGUAAUAGGAAUACUCUAGUGAUACCAGAUCGCAGGAGGAGAGAUUCUGGAGAGGUAAGAAAACAGAUGAAGUUGUUAUUUAUUCGCUCAGGGCCGGCCCUGGCCAAUUUGCUGCCCUAG